AUGCAGAGGUGGUGUCUGCUCUUGUGUUUUCUGCCUCUGCUCCGGUUCACCUCAGCUCUGGUCCAGAACCUCCAGUUGGACCCGGGUCCAGGAGGAGCUCGCCUGGUGCACCCGCCCUUCCUCUCAGAGGACGAUCGAGCUCCAGCGCCGCUCUCCGUGGACCUCCCCGAUGACCCCAUCGAAGAUCACUUCCUCCUGGACACGGGCUCCUACGAUGAGGAGCCGGGCGCGUCCCUGCAGCUCUCCGGUCGCUCCAUGAGGGUUCCCCGUCGCUGUAUCCUCCACCAGCAGUCGUGCCUGGGCGUCCCCAAGCUGCCGUGCUGCGACCCGUGCGACCAGUGCUACUGCCGCUUCUUCAACGCCUUCUGCUACUGCCGACGAGUGGGCCACGCCUGCUCGCCGCGCAGCCCCUGA